UAUAAAUUUCACAGAGAGGAAGAACUCUUUCUCUUUGGUUUUUCUCGAGUCGGGUGGGGGGCUGAUCGAGCAGAGCAAGGGCAGACAACAUGACAACGAGAAGGUUCCUACUGUAUCUGCUUUGUGGUUUCUCCAUGGCAAUUCUGUCGACGUUCUUCCUCGCCGAUUCUCAUGACUAUAACUACCCACGUCGUCUAUACUCUCUACACUCAACUUCAGUGCAAUACCCAGCUGAAGCAUUGAACAACCGCCUCAAAGUUUGGCCUAAAUUGAAGUUUAGCUGGAGAAUUGUAUUGGCGACGGUGAUUGGGUUUCUAGGAUCGGCUUUUGGAAUGGUGGGUGGCGUCGGAGGAGGAGGAAUCUUUGUUCCAAUGCUUAAUUUGAUUGUGGGAUUCGAUACGAAAUCUGCUGCGGCUCUUUCCAAAUGUAUGAUCAUGGGUGCAUCAACGUCAUCCGUUUGGUAUAAUUUAAGGGUACCCCAUCCAACAAAGGACGUGCCCAUCAUAGACUAUGACUUGGCCCUUCUCUUCCAGCCCAUGCUCAUGCUUGGCAUCACCAUUGGUGUCGCUCUUAGUGUUGCCUUCCCGAACUGGCUCAUCACUGUUCUCGUCAUCGUUCUCUUCUUGGGGACGUCGUCGAGGUCUUUUUUCAAGGGAAUCGAGAUGUGGAAUCAAGAGACAAUAAUUUUGAAGAAAGAACAGGACAAGCAACAAGAAGCUCCAGCAAACUAUCAUGGCGAACAGUAUGAGCCUCAGGUUCUUCGAACAGAGAAAUCCCAGUUGGAAAUACUACGUUUCAACUUGAGGUGGCAAAGGAUUCUUGUGCUAUUACUCGUAUGGUUUUCGUUUCUAUUUCUUCAGGUCCUCAAGAAUGGUACAGCAGUCUGCGGUGCAUGGUAUUGGGUGCUCAAUGUCUUACAGUUUCCGGUGGCGCUGCUUGUGCAUGGGUAUGAAGCAAGGAAACUGUACAAGGAGAGCAGGAACAGGAGAGUGGUUGGAAACUCAGAGGCAGUUUGUGAGGCCACAAUCGACUGGACAGCACUGCACCUUGCAUUCUGUGCUUUCUGUGGCAUCAUUGGAGGAAUUGUUGGUGGCCUGCUGGGUUCUGGUGGUGGAUUCAUAUUGGGGCCACUCCUCUUAGAGCUUGGAGUCAUCCCCCAGGUUGCAAGUGCUACAGCAACAUUUGUUAUGAUGUUCUCAUCCUCUCUAUCUGUGGUGGAGUUUUAUUUACUCAAAAGAUUCCCUAUUCCCUAUGCUUUGUAUCUUAUAGCAGUGUCAAUGAUGGCCGGAUUAUGGGGACAGUUCCUUAUAAGAAAAGUGAUUGAAUUUCUAAAGAGAACUUCCAUUGUAGUCUUUAUUCUGUCUUCUGUCAUCUUUGCAAGCGCAGUAACAAUGGGCGUCGCUGGCAUCAAGAACAGUAUCCUAAUGAUACAUAACCAUGAGUACAUGGGUUUCCUGUGCUUCUGUGAAAGUUGAUUACUUCCUCCAUAGCAGAUAGCAGAUAGAGAGCUCACAGAAAGGGAAGGAAGAGGAUAAGAGAGAUUGGCUUGAAUUCUACCAAAAUCAGUACAAAGGGCGUUGGCCAACACCUGAUUGACCAGCCCAACUAUAUUGCUAUCUAAACAAUUAAUAAUAAUAAUAAUAAUGAUGUCUCCCAUGGUUGCUGUUGGGUGUUGACUACCUACUUGUUAACACCACCUCUGUUUUUUUUUUUUGUUUUUUUUAUGUUAGCUUUUGGUUAACACUAAGACAAGUUGAUUGCUUACCUUACCUAUGAUAUAAUUGUGCUAGAAGAUGCCAUGUUGCCUUGCCA